AUGUCCCAGAAGUAUGCAGAGGAAAGGGCUGGCAGCCCCCUUGCUCGCCUACAAUACCUACCCCAUCUCGCCGCCAAGGAAGGGAAUGAUGCCGCUCUGUCACUUAUUCUCACCAAAUCAAGAGAAUCAAGCCCUGGUAGGGGAACCUUCUUGGGGUUUCUAAAUCAGAAAGAUGACGACGGCAACACUGCCUUGCACCUAGCUACGGAGAACGGCCACAUCAGCGCCAUAUACAAACUGCUAUGUGCCGGGGCUGAUGUGGACCACUGCGACGACAAAUAUCACACUGCUCUUCAUAUUGCCGCGAGGAGAGGCAACGUGGAGAUUAUUCAACUUCUUCUCGAUUUUGGAUCCAACGCAAGAGCGCGUGAUUCCAACAUGAGAACCCCCCUUCAUCUGGCCGCGCUCGCCGGCCAUACUGAUGCCGCUUCCUUCCUCAUUGGAAAAGGCAAGGAGGCAGUCGACAUGGAGGACAUGGACUCUCAGACUCCUUUGUUCUAUGCGGCCAAGAACCAUCAUCUCGACGUGGCAAAAGCGCUGAAAGUUGCCGGCGCCAACGUCAACGCGAGGAAAUACGGCUUGCCGCUCUUGCAUCAGAUGGCUAGCUUUAAUGACGCGGAUGCAAUUGACUUGCUCAUUGAAGUCGGGGCGGACAAGGACCUAGUUGAUUCCAGUCAUAGGUCCGCUCUCUAUGUGGCAGCUCAAGAAGGCUGCCGGAAUGCAUUUGCUUCACUUCUCAAGCAUGAGUUGAAGAAGGAAGAUGAUGACAGUGACAUGGGCUGGACUCUUCUUCGGCGCGCGGUCGAAGAUGCCAGCGUGGAUGCUGUUGAGCUCCUUCUCAAGUCUGAAUUUCGAAAGAAGUACACCGAAGACGACACAGAGUUGGAGAAUCUCCUCUAUAUCUCAGCAAGAAGAAACCUUGCCAAGAUUUCUAAGCUUCUCUACAGCUCCCUCUCGCAGAUUAGGGAGUCAGGGGAGAGCAAGCUCUGGGAGGUUCUGCAUAGAGCCAUUCGAGAUGGCGACCCCAGUGCGGUCGCUGUCUUAUGCGACAUUGGGGUUGACAAGGAGGCGAGGGACAGUGCAGGUCGCAAUGCUGUCUACCUUGCCGCCGAGAUGCACCAUGCAGCUGUCGUUGAAGUCCUGAAGCAGAAGGCAGCAGACCUUGGAGCCCUAGACGACGAAGGGGAGACCCUCCUUCAUCGCGCUAUCAGGGAGAGCAAUUUUGCCGCCCUGGAGAUCCUGGUGGCCUCGGGUGCGCCUGUUGAUGCGGUCGACAAAGAAGGCAAGACGCCGUUGCAUCGCGCAGCAAUCAAGGAGUCUCACGCUGUUGAGGUUCUCCUUGCCGCCAUGGCCAAUGUGAACCAAGAAGACCAAGAUGGCAGAACGCCUCUACAUCACGCCGUUGGCCGAGUGGGAUAUGAGGCUUUGAAGAUAGUCGACAUGCUCCUAAGGAAUGGCGGUAUGGUCUUCACAAAGGAUAAGAAGAAUGAAACCAUACUACACACGGCAGCGGCGAGCGGAGAUCAUCACAUUUUGACCUUGCUCUUUGACAGUCGGAAGAUUCAGAAGUAUUACCAGGAGCUCGUGAAUGAGGAGGGCCAAACAGCUCUUCAUGUCGCCGCAAAUCAUGGGAAUCUCGAGGCUGUGCUAGUACUUGUUACUCAAGGACUGAGCACUGAGGCAUUGGAUAGCUCUGGCCAGACACCCAUUCAGCUCGCCAUAAAAAGAGGACACUCUAGAGUUGUCAAUCAGCUUUUGGCCUUUGAAAAGUGGUCCGCCAAGGAAAACAACCAGGCCUCUCCUUCCUCUUACCUUGCCAUGCUUAGCGGCAAUCGAGAGACAGUUGACUUUGUUAUUAAUUCCAAGGCGCUUGAACUGGAAUCAAUCUAUCUAGAGAGAUUGUAUUUAGCGUCCACUCGGAGAUUCGCUCAGAGAGGUUUGAAGGGCCUCGACAUCAACGAAACUCACCUUUCCUAUGGAGAGGCAACAAGCAACGCUUUGAGCUGGGGCCUAUCGCCCAGGGCUAUUCCAUGGAUGAUGAAACUCGGAUUUUACGACUAUGUGGUCUUAUGCGAUGAUAGACAAUCAGUCCACGACAACGAUCUGGCUGGAACCGUCAAGAACACAUUGGAUGAAAUUGCCAAGAUCUCAGAGUCAUUUACAGAGUCCCGAAUAACUGUUCAAUUCGUUAACACUGAGAAAUCCUGGCAUAGCGGCUGCGGUGAGAGUCUGCGGCAGGUAGCUGAUGAAGCGCUACGCACACGAAGUGAAGGUCUUCCUUUAGGCACGCAGUUGAAUGCCAAAAUUGUGAAGCCUAUGGUUCUUGAUAAAAUUGAUGCAGACACCUUCAACAAGCCUUUGGUCGUUUUUGUGGUUACCAACGGAAAGCCGGAGAGCGAAGAUGAAGAAGCCAAGUUUUGUGAAGCUAUCACACAAUGCUCUGAUUACCUCGAAGCAAAAUCUCUAGGGAAGUCAAGUGUCAUAUUUGUCAUGUCGGAACUAGCCGGCGACUCUGAGCGUGGAGAGCUUGCAAACGGUAUCAAGAAGCACAAAGGAGCCAAAGACUUGAUAUACUCUGUUACGGAGACCCUUAGUGAGCUGAUGGAAUUUGGGCAAGAGCCUGAACAGACACAUGGGCCUACCAGAAAGGCAAGUCUUACACUGUUCAUGAAUGUUAUUAUCUAUACACUAACUGUUAUUAUCUUCACUGCAGUUAUGUGA